AUGGCACGAGCUAAAUUUAUCAGUCUCUCUCGAAUUUGGUAUACAAUAAUUGUCGUAUUAAUUCAUUUAACUCUUAUCUAUUUUGGAAUCAAAUAUUGCUAUUUCAAUGAUCAAUUACCAUGGCCGAAAUCAUCCCCAUUCUCAUCGCCAAAAUUUGAAUUAUUGAUACAAAAAAUCUGCGUGUUAACUUCACUGCUUCUUCUCUUUAUUUUCAUCUAUCCUGCACUAUUUCACACUGGAAAUCUUGCCAAUGAUAGUCAACAAUUAGCAGUCUACAAUUUCGAUCGAAACCAUCUACGGAAAGUCAAACGAUCUUUCUGCUCUGGCAUAUGGCAUCAUUGUUUUUCGUUUAGCAGUACUUUACAUUUAAUUAUGAGUUUUCUUCUUCUCAUAUCAACUGUCUUGAUCGAUGCGAAGCAAAUUAUGGUCGGCUUAAAAGAUUCAGGUACAGAUUUCAUUUGA